AUGGAUCUAAAGUCAGUACAAGACCUGAAGGGCGUCCUCCGGCCCGAUUUCUUUCAUGGCUACGCUACAGCAGCAGCCCAGACAGAAGGCGCCUGGAACAAAGACGGCAAAGGCAUCUCCAUCUGGGAUGAAUUCGGUCACACGCCAGGCAAGGUCGCCGACGGCAGCAACGCCGAUGACGCCGUGCGCGCUUACGACUUCUACCGCGAAGAUGUCGCCCUCAUGAAGUCCUACGGCGUGAACGCCUACCGCUUCUCCCUAGCCUGGUCACGCAUCAUCCCAUUGGGCGGCAAAGACGACCCAGUCAACGAGCAAGGAAUCCAGUUCUACUCCGACCUCAUUGACGAACUCCUCCGCAAUGGAAUCACACCGUUCCUCACGCUGUUCCACUGGGAUAUCCCCCAAGCCCUGGAAGACCGAUACGGAGGCAUGCUCAACCAGGAAGCGUACACACCAGACUUUGUCCGAUACGCGCGUGUGUGCUUCGAGCGCUUUGGCGACCGCGUCAAGCACUGGAUCACAUACAACGAGCCGGGCGUGUAUACCCUCGCGGGAUAUGCAGCAGGCGUGCACGCACCGGCGAGAUCGUCUUUCCGCGAGCGCAAUGCCGAGGGGGAUUCCUCCACGGAGCCGUUCACUGUCGCGCACACCGAGUUGGUCUCGCAUGGCCAUGUGUCGCGCCUGUACCGGGACGAGUUCCAGCCUGUGCAGAAGGGGACGAUUGGGAUUACGUUGCAUGGUAAUUGGUCUGAGGCUUGGGAUGAAGAGGACCCGCGCGACCAAGCGGCUGCGGAGCGAGCGCGCGAGUUUGAGAUCGCUUGGUUUGCUGAUCCGCUGUAUAAGACGGGUGAUUAUCCGGCGUCGAUGCGGGCGCAGCUGGGUGAUCGGUUGCCGAGGUUUACGGCUGAAGAGUCCGGGCUGGUGCUUGGGAGCUCGGAGUUCUAUGGAAUGAAUAGUUAUACGACGUUCUUCAUGAAGCACACUGAUACCCCGCCUGAUAUCAAUGAUCAUAAGGGCAAUGUGGAGAUUCAUGAUGAGAAUAAGCAGGGCGUGCCUCGCGGGGAGGAGAGUGAUACCCCGUGGCUGCGUGCUUCGCCUGGGGGGUUCAGAAAGCUGUUGAAUUGGAUCUAUCAGCGGUAUCAAAUGCCCAUCUAUGUGACUGAGAAUGGCACGACGGCCAAGGGCGAGGUGGCGCCUACGCCGGAGGUCCUGGAAGACACGUUCCGGAUCAGGUUCUUUGAGGGCUAUGUUGGUAAUGCAUUAGCGCGAGCUGUGAAAGAGGAUGGUGUUGAUAUCCGGUCUUACUUUGCUUGGACCUUUACUGAUAACUGGGAAUGGGCUGCUGGAUAUGCGGAUCGGGGAGCUCGGCUGAGGCUUGACGGCAACGUAUAUAUUGGGCGUGGGCGUGGGUGUAAUGGACAAAACCAAUAUCUGUAUCGCAAUAUGUCGGAAAACGAACCGAUCAAACUCACUCUGACGGGUUCGCCCCGAGAAAUCGGAUUCCAACAUGGCCACUCAUUACGAGAGCAAAUCCGCGAUCAAAUAUCCAUUUACGAGAGCAUGUUCCAAUCGACAUCCAAGUUAUCCUGGAGCGACGUACGCGAAGUCGCAAAGGAAUUCCAAGCAACGCUCGAAAAGUUGACUCCGCAUAUAUACGCCGAGAUGGAAGCGAUUGCAGAGGGUGCGGGGCUUGAUGUACUGGACAUUGUCGCCCUCAACGCUCGAAGUGAGAUCGCUCUGGGCAAAUUCUCCGAUGGGUGUACAACCUUGUGCUGGAAGAAAAGCGAUGAAGCGCGAGUGCUAUCUCAGAAUUGGGAUUGGACGGCGAAUGUCAAGAAGAACUUGGCUAUGGUCUCUAUUGAGCAGCCGGGAAAGCCCAACAUCUAUAUGGUAACCGAAGCAGGAAUCGUUGGCAAGAUUGGAUUCAAUGCUGCCGGAGUGGGAACUUGUCUCAAUGCUAUUCGUGCCAAACCCAUGAUCAGCAGCAAGAUCCCAAUUCAUGUGGCGCUUCGGCUAUGCUUGGAGAGCACGUCUGUUCAGAACGCCGUGCAGACUCUCGAGUCUCUCGGUGGUGUGGCCUCUGCCCAGCACAUCCUUUGCGCAGAUAGCACUACAGCCCUUGGGCUUGAGUUAUCGCCGGUAGGAGACAAGCAUAUUGCAGAAGAUGCAUCGGGGUUGAUCGGGCAUACCAACCACUUCAUUGAGAAUCGCUAUGUGAAUGAACCGCCAUGGCUAUCGGGGUCACCGGUUCGGUUGGAACGACUGGGACAGUUGACACUGGAUCUGAUUCAAGAAGGAUUCAAGGGCGACUCAAUCACUCCUGCUCUGUUGCGAGACCGGAUCUUCUCUGAUACGUAUAAUCUGCCGCAGGCGAUCUGCUGCCAAGAGGAUCCGUCACGCCCUGUCGCCAACAGGAGUAGUUCUUUGUUCAAUAUUGUUAUGAACUUGGACCCGAAACAACUUGGAGCAGAGGUUGUCUUUGGCCGGGUUGGAUCUGGAGAGGAAGGCCCUGUGCUGAGAAUGCCCUGGAAUUAG